AUGCAAUCGGAAGAAGGAACCACUCCCAAGAGACCUCGCUUGACUUUGGCGUCUGUCAGAGCGAGAACGAAGGCGAGGACUGAUUUUGCCUUGCAAGUGCUCGCCGCUAGCCAAGCAGCUCUUGAUGCCACUGAUGCGCUCCUUGCCGCAUCGGAUGCCUUGCUCGCAGCUCCUCGACCUAGUACUGGAGCCAAAUCUCAGAGUAAUGAACCUACCUUUAAUCCCGCAGUCAUCCCACCCGAGGCAUGUGAAGCUUCCGACUCGUCAGAUGAUUCCGAAACGCAGUCGAGUGAUUUGGAUGCUCGGGAAGAAGUUGAGCAGCAACAGCAGCAAAGACAUCAGCAACUGACAUUGCAACAGCCACAACCCCAACCCCAACAAAUCCAUGCACCCAUCACGUCGAAAUCCCAAAUUCCGAUAUUCCCCCAGUCAGCUCCACCCGCAUCACUGGUCAAAAAUGGCAAAGAAGUCGCGGAGGAUGGAUCAGAUUCAUCUUCCGCUGAGGAAUCUUCCGAGGCGGGGUCAGAAUCUGGCUCUGGCUCUGGAUCUGGCUCGUCUUCCCACGAAAUAACGGAUUCAGAACUUGCAACAACAAGCACCUCCAAUGUUGGAAGCGAUGCCUCUAACAAAAACUCAGCAUUGUCGGUCAAUGUGGUCAUUAAGGGUGACCAGCCGCCACCAAGUCAAUUAGCAAAACUACCACUCUCGGGAUCGAUUGUCUCGGGGUCCUUUGAUACAAAGACACCUAUUCCUCAGUUUAUUGGAACCUCGCCGAGAGGUGACGAAGGAGCCACAUCUGCCCUUGCAUCCAAGUCAUCCUCUCCUUCCUUGGGGAUCCUUACUAGUGAUGAGGAUGAAGAUAUGGAUACUGGUUCCUCCUUAGAGGAUGACUCUUCCGAAGAGUCGUCUUCAAUCGAGUCGGGAUCUUCUUCGUCCGCCGCAUCCGAUGGCCCGUCCGAGUCGGCGGCCACUAGUAUCAACGACAAAUCAACCACCACACCCUCCGAAUCAGAUGCGUACGUGGAUGAACUAAUAGGAGAAAUUCGUGGAGGUGUCUCGGGUUCAAUUAAGGGCAACAGCGCUGUUAGCCAAGCUCAAUUGGCGGCUCUUUUUCAAAAGCAACCAGACCAACAGGUCCAAACACCAACACCAGCAAAAACGAAUCCACUGGCACCAGCGGCGCCGCCACAAUUAAAUGCUCCACAAACCCUUCCUCAAAUGAAAGAUCAACCACCGGCACCAGUGGCAACACAAUUAAAAGCUCCACAAACUCUUCCCCAAAUGAAAGUUCAACAAUCCAUUCCACAGCCAACACCUCUGGCACCCCCAUCGCAACCACAAACAAUACUCCAGGCAGCCAUGGUGCCGCAACAAUCAAAACCGCACCCCCAAGUUGUUCCACAUCCCAAGUGGUCCUUGCCCCCUGGCCUAGAGGACGAUGACGAUGACGAGGAAUCAGCUUCGGAUGACGAGUCCUCUGAAGAAGACUCGUCGGAAGAGGAUUCUGAGUUGGAAUCCAGCUCGGGGUCGGGCAUGUCAGACCAGGCAGCUGUGACUCCAUCCGCAGAACGUCCUAGCAGCGAGACGCCCAGUGAUAAACCGUCGGAAACAAACACAAGUUCGGACAUUGAGGAGGACGACUACGUGGAGGAGCUUCUCAGCGAAUUGAAGGAGACUAAAGGAGGUUUGUUGUUUCCAACACCGCAUGCUCCGAUGCCGAAAGGCAUGUCAGCAAGCGUGGUGACUGCAUCUACAGCAUCUGUGACGACAGCCAGCACGGCCCCUCCAACAAUAAAACAGCAGCAACCACCGAUCAUGAGAAUAGCGCCACCGCAGCCCAUCGAGGACGAUGAGGACGACGACGACGACAGUGAGGAAGAUUCUGACGAUGACGACGAUUCCGAUGAGGAUUCAGACGAUUCCUCGGCCGAAUCCUCAGACGAUGUCGAAUCCGGUGACGAAGGCGAAGAAGACGAUGAAUAUGUUGACGAACUGCUGAAGGAGCUGCAGGCGACAAAGCCUUCGUCGCUUGUCCCAGAACAUAAGUUUCCCGCUCCAAUGACAGGGAUAAAGCCCGAGGCCAAUGUCGUUCCGACUGGCAUUGUGAAGGAUAGGAUCAUCCAGGCAGUUGGCUCGGAAACGGACGAUGAUGUCUCCGAUAUAGCUUCGUCCUCUUCUGAAUACGAUUCGAGUGAUUCCGACCUUUUCUCUACCGAUGGCGAGGAAGAAGAAUCCUCGGAUGACGACGACAUAGGAGGUUCAAGCGGAGGCUUAAUCUCUUCAGACGAGUACACCACUGAUGGCGAUGACGACGACGAUGAUGAAUACGUUGAUGACUUGCUGAAUGAGCUCCAGGCACCAAGAGUCGCAGCUCCGGCUAAGCCAAAGGCAAGUCCCGCGCAGCCACCGAUGUUGCCCACGGGCCCUGGUGGCUUUCCAAUGCCCCCAAUGGGAUUGCCAAUGAUGGCUGCACCUUUGCCAGGUGAGGGGCUGAACUUGGAGGCUAUCCGUUCCGAACUUGAGAAAGUUGGAAGGGCUGUAAUGACGCAAAAGAGUGGAGAAGCAUUCGUUGCAAGAGCCCAAAUCCUCGCAUCCAUCAAUCAGCUGUCGAGUCAUGUCCCGAAUUGCGUUCUCGACUUUUUGGGGAAAGAGAUUCGAGCCGAGAUGGAACGCAAGAAAAGAAAGGCUGACAAGAAAGAGAAAGCUGCCGAAGGGGGUGGAAAACACAAAAUGAUUGAUUUAGUUUCAAGUGGUGAUGACAUGUCCGAAGUCAGCGAUUUGUCAAGCCUGGACAUUUCUGAACCUGAAGAGGAUACUGGAGUUGGGUUCUUCAUCGACACUUCUGGUGUGAACCUUGGAGAUAGCGAUGCUGACAGAGCCCCCGAGAACGCCGAAGAUGUGUCUCCAAAGCAAGAAGUACAAACACCAGUGGCCAUGAUGCGGCGAAAGUCGGAAGAAGCACUCGAUGAAAUGUUUAGGAAGGCCCGAGAAGAUGGCUCCGUGAAUAAAUCAGUUGCAGAUCUCAGCGAGGAUAUCGACAACAUAUUCAAUAGUUCGAAUGACUACGGGCUCACGAAGGCCAAGGCAGGCAGCCGCAGCAGCUAUGGAAGCAUUGGAAGCAUGGAGUCUUCGACUGGAUCCAGCGGCUCAAGAGAUUUCUUACGCAAGUCGAGGAAUCAUCGGGGGAGCACUGCCGGUAGCAUAUCAUGGGGACUUGAGGGCAAACUACCGUCGGUAUCUCGCUUCGAGUGUGCACUGCUAUUUGUCGAUAUUUCGGGUUUUACAAAGCUAUCUAUUGUGACUCUGUACUCAUCGCGUCUCAUUGACUUACUUCAUCGUAUUGCAACAUCCGACGGACGGCUGUCUUGGCAGACGCUUCUUGAUCCAGAGACCCUGUCGAAGGUUAUCAAUUCAUACUUUCAGUUGAUUGUCAGCAAGAUUUAUGAGUUCAACGGGGAUAUUCAGAAGUUUGCUGGGGAUGCCAUUUUUGCUGAGUGGCGAUGCACUGAUAAAGAUCCAAUGGAUUUUUGCGUGGCAGCAGCCACUGCCUGUGCUUCGCAAAUCGUGGAUGAAUGCAGUGAUUUCCCUGUCAUGGCCGGUGGAGCCCAGAACAGGAAUGGUGAACCCAUAUCCUCCCUGAAUGUCCAUUGUGCACUGGGAUCGGGACAAAUGAUUGGUAUUCAUGUCGGUGACAAUACGCGUAGGCGAGAAUACCUGUUUCUGGGAGAACCUAUCGACCAACUCACUUGGGGCGCAGAUCUGGCCAAGCACGGAGAGCUCGUAGUAUCACCGGAAGCUUUCAGAUCUCUCUCAUUAGCAGGCGUGCUCGAUUUCAACAUCAGACCCUCCGAAAGCGAACCAGCGAUUAUUGCAAAACGAUGUGUGACGAUGUUUAGGUCCGAGUUUCUCAAGGAUUACCGUGUAUCUCGGGCGGAAUACGCCAGGUCGAGAGGAGUGACCGGUCAUGUUGAGGGUUUGGAGGUCGAGGACCUGAAGACUUAUCAAAAAUUGAUGGCUUUGUACGUCCAUCCUGUCAUCGCUGCAAUGCACAUGGAUCAGACAAGCAAAAUGAAAACAAAGAGUUCCGCUCAAGAACGUCACAGAGAAGAGGCCGAACUUCGACGAGUUUACAUCAUGUUUAUCCAUCCGUUGAUCACGAUUUCUGAAGACAACGAUUACGCAGUCGAUCUACUAAACGAAAUCAUGAAUCUCACGUCUACCCAGCUCGAACGAUAUUGUGGGCACCUGCGUCAGAUGAUUGUGGAUGAUAAAGGGCUGGUAUUAAUUGGAACAUUUGGGCUGCGUGGAUCCACAUUCCCGAAUAUGGUUGCGGAACGGGCACUGCCUGCAACAAUCGCUCUUCACAAUGCAUUGCAAUCUCAACUUGGAGUUGACAACCGGAUCGGUGCCACUUUUGGAGAAGUGUAUUGCGGUGCAGUGGGUGGAGUCAAACGUCACGAAUACGCUGUGCUUGGACCGUCGGCGAAUCUUGCAGCUCGAUUGAUGGGUAACAAGAACAACCCUGGAAUCUUGGUUGAAUGUAACAUCCGCAGAAUGGCCUCCAGGAAGUACGCCUUUAACGCUCUUCCGCCGGUGAAGGCCAAGGGUUACGCAGAACCUGUCCCAAUUUUCGAGCCUCUCAGUCCCCUAGAGCGUAGUUGGGGUAGGAUCCAACCAAAUUUUGUUGGCAGGGAGCAAGAGAUCAAGGCUUUGAUGGGAAUGGCACGAGACAUUGUAAGCCAGGAAGAGCCUCAGUCGCGCCUUGUCUUUGUCGCGUCUCAAAGUGGAAUGGGGAAAAGUACAAUGGUGGCCCAUGCAAUUGAGCACAUUCGAAGGCUGAUUGGCGACAAUACAAGGCGCUUGGUGAUCACUAAACAGGUGGGGAAAGAAAGCCACUCGUUGGUGCCUUUUGGCAUGUUUCGUUCGAUUCUGCUUGAUGUUCUAGCAAACUUCGCAGCCAGCACUGAUGACAAAUCACAAGCAUCGGGCGUGUCGGGCUUUUCAGCGCAAUCGCUGUCUCUCCAAAGUCUGUCGUGCCGAUCUCAGGGAUCGUCGACGGCGCUUUCUCUUGCCAAGUCCGAGGAGCUUCUAAAGGUUCUCUGCAGAGAACUCAACGCACCAAGCGGCUUCGUUGACCACAUUCUGCAUCACCUUAGCGGCAAGGGCUCGAGCAAGCUUCCCUCCGGCAAGGCUCCUUCCAUGAAGUCAAUGGUGUCUUUCAUGGAACGGGCCUUCAGAAGAUGUACGCAGGAAACCAAGAUUGUUGUCGUUGCACUGGACGACGUGCAAUAUAUUGACGAAAUGACCUGGAAAGUCCUCAGAAGGGUGUUCGAAGAUUGUGACAAUGUUCUCAUGAUCUGUGCGUUUGAUUUGUCCAGAAGCCGUGACUUGAAGGUCGAAGCAGACUUUUGGCAAGUUUUGAAUCAGAAGUAUCGACCCUCCGGACAUUUUGUUCCGAUGGAACUUGCGGGUCUUGGGAAGGAAGAAAUCACAGUCAUGACGAUGAAGACACUGGGCCUGCAGAGAGAGGAGGUCCCCCAUGAUCUUCUGAACGAAGUACUGAUUCAGUCGGGCGGCAUGCCUCAUUUUGCAAACGAGUUCUUGGAGUUGGUGAAGCGACGCCAAUUUACUGAAAUGAUGGAUGGACGAGCCCCCAAAGCAAGUUCAGGAGGAGAAACGAGCAUGAUGGGACCCAAUGCUCUUGGAUCCGUGCCAGAAAUCAUUCUUCACAGAAUUGACUCGUUUGACGUUGGUGUAAGAAAUAUACUCAAUAUUGCCGCUGUUCUCGGGAAGUCAUUCACUUUGAAGGAGGUUAUUGCUGUUCUCAAAGAGAACCACGAUAUGCGUGAGGACAUACUCGAAAAGGAAGCGAUCAAGUCGUUGGAAAUGGCAGUGAAUGAGGGAAUUCUUCGAAUGGAACAAGAUCCAGAUGCAGAAGACGAGGAAGAAGAAAGCAAGGCGCGCGACGCAAAAGGAAAACCUGAAUCCUCAAUCUACUCUUUCUAUCACGGUAUCUGGCAAACGACGAUUUUGAGCCUUAUGUUGGAUGCACGGAAGCGAGAUGUGCACUCAAAGAUCGCCAUGUCGAUGGAAAAGGGCAAGGGAAUGGAAGACGGCGACUUUGCAUUCCAAAUGAAACUUUUGGGGCAUUGGAAAUACAGCGGAAACACGUCCAAGUUGACCGAGCUCGCACUUGAUGUUGGAAAACGCUUCGAACAAAAGUUAGGAAUGCCUACGCAGAGUAUCCGGGUAUAUGAGGAGGCACUAGAUGCAUGGAAGAGUGACAAGCCAACCGAGCAAGUCGGCGGAAUAUGCUUUGACGGGCUUGGCGCCACAGCGCCAGAAGAGUUGGAACACAUUUCAGCGCUCCAUGUUGCACUGGGGCGUGCAUUCAACGGCGCGCAGCGUAAUGCUGAUAGCGCUCUGUCCUUCCAUGAUGCCUUGCAGAUUCUUCGAAGGCCCAAACAAGCCGAGAAUGUCACGGAUCGUUCCGUUGCUUUCCCAGCAUACUGUGGUCUCUACGAAUGCAUCAAAGCAAAAUACAUUGUUCAAGACAAUUCUAACCGCUACGAACAAUUGCUCAUCAAGAAAUUCUUGGAGGACACGAAAAAUCAUUCUGAAACGUUCCACCAUGCACACGCGCUAACGUGCCAAAUCGACUUGUAUCGUCGCGGUGGUGAAAUGGACAAGGCGGUGGGAAUUCAUAAGCUCUUGUACAACGUCUACGACCACGUGAAGCAUUCAAAGAAACUUCGUGACACAUAUGGCAGUGACGAGGCAGCCGUGAGUUUCGCAAAUUCUGCAAUGUGGUACUGGCACCUUGGGGACAAAGAAGCCGCACUGGACGCUUGUCGGUUCGUGAUUGGGAAGCUGAUGCCAAAGAUGGACCGCAGCGAUGUCCACCAGUCGUUUGUCAUGAUGUACCCUGUGGUGUUGGUAAUGAAAGACACAGGCGUAGCUGCGCAAGCGAGAAAGCACUUUGAUCGAUUGGUCGUCAAGCCAUUCAGCACCUUCUUUGGAGAAGGAAAGUCAUCAUUCUUCCUUCCAGUGUAUGAGCCGAUCAUGAUGCUUCUUCACUUGGUGGGGACAUCCGAUUUGGACGAGGAUACGUUGGAGGAAUACGCCGAAUGGGCAUUGGACCGCGACCGUUUGAGUUUUGGAACCUUGGCCAAUAGGCGCCUGGGUGCCCUGGGUCGUUGCGCUGACAGCCUGAGUGCGGAAAUCUGCUUCCUGUUGGCGGAAAGGAUCGACGAGGAAGAAACGAGGAAUGUUCUCAUCGAACAUGGCAGAGAGAUAGGCCAAGAAGCAUUGGUGUUCAAUGCAGAGCAAGAAUUGGUGGAUGCGGAACGUCAGGUGGCCCAACUUCUGGAGAAGUAUGAAUCGCUGAUAACCGAGAUGGACGAGUAG